AAGCAUGCCGGCAAUGGGACGUAGGGGCUCGGCCUGCGACAGCGAGAGUCCGGACCCAAUGGCCGGCAUCGGGGGGGCCUCCACAAGCUCUGGAGAUGAGGCAUCGACUGACUGCAAGGACUCGGCCUAUGUCUCAAGCGAGGGCCUCAUGGACACAAGCCCGCCCAUGGCGUCGACAUGGUCCCAGUUUCCAGCCGGUUCGGAGGUGGUGUUCGACAGGCUCACCGAACUGGCCAUCAUUGCAACAAGCCCGGAGAGCCCACUCCUGAGGGACUCGCCGCCACCCAUUUACCCAACCUCAUCAUCAUCGUCAUCCACUGCAGGCGGGCCACCACCACCACUGUCACCACCAGGACGCCAACGAUCAUUCAGCCUGUCGGCGCUGCAUUCCUAUGCACGGCCACCCCUGCCCCCUCGCUUGGGUCAUGCUGUCUCACAUUAUCCACCAGGAUCAGGUCCACACGGCACCCAGCCCAUGGGGGUCAUCGAUGACAGUCCCAGGGUACUGCCCCUCACUCCUGAAGAUAGGUCAGCUGCGUACACGCUCAGCACCAUGGCCCAACACUGCAUAUCACCGCCGGCUCCCGCGCCGCCGCCUGCGCCCUCGGAACCUGCAGCCGUGUCGCCACAGUGCUCGCCUUCCAAAAAGUCUCUCAACACCCGGACCCGCCACACGUCGUGCCCAGACCCCGCCAAGCCCCGACGGCCCAUGAACGGGUUCAUGCUGUUUGCCCAGAAGCACCGCGGAGAGUACUCCCACAUGCAUCCUGGCAAGGACAACAGGGCCAUCAGUGUAAUGCUGGGCGACCAAUGGCGCAAGAUGAAGUCCGAAGAGAAGAAGCUCUACUCUCAGGAAGCCAAGGUUCGUGCCGACGAGGUCAAGAAGGUCCACCCAGACUGUUGGAAGCGCAAGCGCUCCUACUCUACCAGUAUCUGAAUGUGCCGUUUUCACCGAGACACUCACACGGUCUACACUUCCGGGCUCUCUCAUCCGGAGAAGCUCCCCUCGCCUUCCACCGUCGCGCUUCUACCUUGGCAAGUACACACUGCCGUUGGAGGAGCGGGGAUGCUGUGAUUUCGUCGGAUGCUCAACGGGAUGCACAGGAUAGCUUCGUGAAGAGGUGUGCGUGAAAGUGUUACGCUUCAUGCUGACUUGCAAGGCCAUUCUGAGAACACCCACUGCCCUGAAUCGCGACUAUGGAAACCUGACGUUUGCACAGAAAGCAGUAGCCAUUCAGGGUCCUUGGACUGCGUUUAGAAAACCUGAUGCUAGAAAGUCCGUUGCUGUGAAGUAUUGGUAGAGGUGGCCUGUGAUGAUUUAGCUGGGUGCAAGUGGUGAGGCCUUACGGAGGAAGCAAGGAUCGGUUAACAAUACGGCGACGUCGCACUGGCACCAUCACGCAGCUUAAAUGUCGCAUUGUGCUACGGCAACGUUGGCAUUGGUUGUCAAGCAUCUGUGUGUGCGUUUGCUUCAGACUUGUGCAAGACUGGAGAAAGGGGCCUGAUGGAGGAAUCUAUCACUCUCUAUUUACAUGUCGUCGUAUUGUUUGGAGCAGCAUGUGUGAUGGAGCGAGACAACAGGCGGCGGUUUACUCGCCGGCUGUGGCUUCUGCUACCUGCUUCUUCCCAUUCUUCGUGCUAGAAACCUGCGUGGAGCCGCGCUGUUCAUCUAGGUGUUCUUGUGUUUCCCCUGUGAUUAAGGGACUUUCCGCUCGUCUUCGUUGACUGAUCUUUAAUUGUAUUCUGGGCUUUCUAUGCGGUGCUGUUUCACUGAACUAGAGUGCCCACGAUCAUUGGAGUAGUUGUGCUUUCAGCUGGCUUGCUUUCCUUUAAUUACUAACUAAAGUUUCACGCAGCUGUUUUCUUCUAAGCAUUGCAUCCUUCAUCUCCUUCGCGAUCCGGAAGAUAGUUUGUAGCAGUGCAAGAAUGGUUGACCUCUACCUGGCCUGUUAAGCCCUCUGAACAGCCCCUUCGCCUUGUUGCUCGAUCCUAAGCAUUUCUUCGGUUUCGGACUCUUUCCUUGCUUGACGUAUAGCACGCAUGGUGGAAUGAGCGUUCGUAGAAGUGGUGUAUAGUAGUGUACUGCUGCGGCAUCCUUGUUGGGCUGUCGUUUCGCACCCUUUCCUUUAUUUCCGCUCCUUGCUGCGCCUUUUCUGAAGUGAAUGCCGGAGCUGAAAAGGGUGCAGCUGCGUGGUGUGCUGCCCCCUGGUGUUUGGUGGCCCAAGUAUUGGGCAGUCGGCAUGCGACGUCUAGUUGCAUUGUAUUAUCUUGCAACAUGUCAGGCCUUGGGUGUCGAACAUUGUUUGCCCGUGUAGAAGUUUCUCUCUGGGUUGGUUCACUUAUUCUGGGUCAAGUUUGUUUGUUUUUAUGCUGGUUGCAAGAAACUUGCAUACAGCUCGUCUAGUGUGUCGUUUUAGGAGUGGUCAGUCUCGCUUCUUAAAAUUGUUAUAGCUCUUUUUCUUUUGUUUCACGGUUUUCUGGCUCUGUCUCAUUCAGCCUUUGCCAUUUCUUUACUUUGCAGUGGAAGUUAUGUUAACUGGCAGAUGUCGUGCCGUGUGCAUGUGGGCCGUUUGCAUUCUUUAUUAUUGUCUUGCUUUUGUGCAUUUAAGAAGGCCCUUAAUACUCUUUCGGGUGCUUUUUUACUGAAUGAAUAGCAUGUGUAGUGCGAGUCAUGAGGUGUUAGGAAUAGUGGUCCUCUCUGGCUCAGUGGUCAGUCUUGGCUUGAUUUUGUGCUGGCCUUAGAAGUGAGCGUUGCAAGGCCAAAGCUCGCUGGUAAGCGGGUCUCUUGAUGUUAGUUGUGCACAAAAUGUACGAACACAUCCGCUUUGGCUAAUUUUGAACAGGCCGUCUUACUUUAAGAGCAUUCUGGGCGAUAUUUAGUUGGAAGAGAUGAGUAAUUAUGUAAAGCAGCACAAACGACUGGACAAGAAAUGGACACUACGAACACUUCUAUGACUUGUAAUGCCUGUGCAGCCUGAAAAUCGUUAACAAGUGAUGCGCCUUAAACAACAAGUUUGCUGAAUACUUAAUUACAAGUUUUAGAUUUUAGGCCGACUCCUAAGCUGCUAACUUGACGUAUCUUACAUAAUCGUGAUAUAUUUUUUAACCAGGUUCUUCCUGAGCACAUUUGACAAAAGAUUCUAGCUCCCCCUCUCUCUUUUUUUCCUUCAAUGUCGGAAAGGAAGUCUGGCAUCGCAACACGUGCAUGCAGAAGGAAAGAGUGCACACGUCUGACACUGAACACCCAUAGUUCAUCGUGGAAGGAGAUUUUGUCGUUUCUUAUCCUUAGCAAUUCAGGUGGUGGUCCAAGUUUUGAGUAGUGUGUUGCCUUGAUGGCCAUAAAAGGGACAGUCCUUGUUUUGUUGAGGGGGCACUCUUGCAGGUAUUGUUUGACAUGCUCGGGCGAAGUUUUCUCGUUCGUAAGCUCCGAACUGGUCUUGUUUCGGAAAGUAACAAAAGAAGGCGCCUGACUGAAUCUGCACCGCGUUGGCCCAUGAAAUGCAGCGCAGGCGGCGUAGACGCUGGUAAAGGCCGGACAAGUUCAGGUUACUAGUCAGGUCUUGCCGAGGCAGCAGCAGCAACAUCAAAAAAAAUUAUCAAGUACAAAUUUGCAUUGGUCACUUUCGAAAGACCACUGGCAAAAACAGAGACCUUUCUUUUAUUAUUUUUUAUAUAAGGUAGAAGAGAAAUGAGUUUGACGCACUGUCA